AUGCGCACCAACUCGUUCUCGCACGUCACCCAUUCCUUCCCCUUCAUGGACAAGGAGUACUUCUACCGCUUCCACGCUGAUGAGAGGGAGUCCUCCUUCAACGUCAUGAAGGCCCUCCAGCCCUUCGUCGGACAGCUGGCUCUGUCGCUUGAGCUUACAACCAACCGAAACCGAACAGUGAAGGACGUGCGCGGCCUCAAGAAGACCAGGACUGCUCUGCACAUCACGUGCGACAAUCAGUGGUACAGGAUCAACAUCAAGGACUGGCUCGAGAAGCCCGGCAUCAAGCUGUACUUCUUCAUCACGAGGUCAAACGCCGAGCUGGUGGUUCGCAAGGGGAAGACCCGCGCGGGCUCUAUCGCCAUACCCAUCCACACGCUCAGCGUCGACGAGGACCACAAGGAGUGGUACCAGCUCAACACGCCCAAGGGCACCGGCGCUUUCCUGCAGCUCGGCCUGCGCUACACCUUCCUCAAGGGCAAGGACGAGGGCCUCAUCGUGCCGCCGCUGCCGUUCGCCCCCGAGCGCUUCGUCAAGAAGGACCCCACGCGCUCGCCCAGCCUGUCGCGCAUGACCCAGGCCAAGGCCAAGGGCCACCGCGCCAUCCACCGCUGCUGCGACCGCGAGAACGUGUUCCUGGUCACCAAGGACCACGACGAGUGGACCGCGCUGCAGGAGCACUCGGAGGAAAAGACCGGCCGGGCCUUCAUCCGCGGCGUGUUCGGCUACGGCAACAUCACCGCGUUCGAUCUGUCGAACGAGGCCGUCGAGCUGUUCGUCCAGCCGUGCCCGCCCUACGGCGCCUGGACCCACCUGGGCGCCACCACCACCGACAAGGGCGGGCGCAUGAAGCACGAGAUCAACUACGCCGCGGUUCCCAUCCAGAAGACCCCCGGCCAGUACCCCAUUCGCUGCGUCGUCGGCGGUGACUUCUCCGUCGCCGCCGGGCAGGUCUGGGUGCUCGAGCACGGUGUGGUGUACGACAUUGACGGCACGCUCACGCCGGGUGACGACCAGAUCGUGCUGGAGAUGACCCUGGCCAGCGUGAAGGCUCCCUUCGACCCCGCCCAGCGCCCCGGCGCCGCCUCCCUGUGUAAGGCCUGGGCCGCCAAGGGCUAUCUUCCCAUCUAUCUCAGUGGUCGCUCGGGCUCGACGUACUACCUGACACGCGAGUGGCUGGCCAACCACGGCUUCCCGCCGGGCCUCAUUCUGCACACGGACAAGCACGCGCCCACGCUGCCCAUCUACUCCUCGGUCGGCCUGUUCAAGCGCGACCUGAUCAUGAUGCUCAAGAAGCAGGUGGGCAUGAAGUUCGGCGGCCUCUACGGCAACACCAUGACCGACGUCCGCUCCUACGAGGAGACCGGCCAGCCCAAGGACCGCACCUUCAUCGUCGGCAAGUUCGGCGGCAAGAGCGGCACCUACGACGUCGGCGACGACUUCGUGGAGCACGUGCAGUACGUCGUGGAGAACAUUCCCGACGCCGACGUGCCCGCGCCUCGCGACUUCUUCGAGUGGAACUGA